AAAAUAAUAAUCCAUGAAUUGCAGCACGAGAGUUUUUGGUUAUAUAUACACAAAACUCAUAUAGAAAUUCAGGCCAAAGGUGAAAGUUUUUUGAAAUCACAGAAAUUUCUUUAUAACAUAUAUAAAAAUUCCUUGAUGUUGUUGAUUGUAAAGUAUAAUUUAACCACUUUCAUUAAACAAGUGUCAGUGAAGAGUAACAAUUUUUAAUAUAAAUAAAAACCACUAAUUUUAUUUUAUUGAUUUAAUAAUUUUUUGUUUUCAAUAAAUAAAUAAAAAUGUCAAUAAAUAAUGCAGUUUAUUCAAUUGUUAAAAAAACAAAUAUAAUUAAUAAUAAAUUAUUAAUAUUAAAUGAUAAAUAUUCAUUAUUAUUUAAAAAAAAAAGUUGUAAUUAUUCAACAGCUAAAAGUAAAAGUGAAAUUGAUUAUUCAAAAACAUAUCCAAUAUUAUAUGGUACAAAAUUAACAAAUGAUAAACCAGAUUGGAAUCGUGCUGUAACUGAAGCUGAAAAAGUUGUUGGAUAUCCAACAUCAUUUUUAAGUUUAAGAUGGUUACUGAGUGAUGAAAUAGCAAAUGUUGCUCUACAUUUGCGUAAACUAGUUGGUUCACAUCAUCCACUAUUAAAAACAGCAAAAAGCUUGAUGUACAAUGGAAGAAAUAAUAUGCAAGCAUGGGGUCUUGUUGUAUUGCUUGUAUCAAAAGCAGCUGGACAAUUAAAUUCAACAGAUUUAGAUGAUGAUAAAUCAUCUGGUGUAUUAAAUAAACAACGUGGUCUUGCUGAAGUUACUGAAAUGAUUAGAACAAGUCAUUUAGUACAUAAAGGACUUGUUAAUAUUCAAUCAAAUACAAAAAAAACAAAUAAUGAAAUUGAUGAUUUAACAUUUGGUAAUAAAAUUGCACUAUUAAGUGGUGAUUAUUUAUUGGGUAAUAGUAGUGCUGAAUUGGCAAAUUUAAGAAAUCAAGAAUUGAUUGAAUUAAUGUCAAGUUCUGUUAGAGAUUUAUCUGAAGCUGAAUUUAUGGGUCGUAGAGAUUUACAAAAUAAUCCAUUACCAUCAAUACCACCAAAAAAUAUUGAUGGUUAUGCUAUUAGAGAAUGGACAAUACAAAAUUUAUUAAGUGGUGCUGCAUUACUUGGUAAAUCAUGUCAAGGUACAUUGAUACUUGCUGGACAUGAUAAACAAAUGCAAAGACAAGGUUUUAGAUUUGGUAAAAAUUUAGCACUUGCUUGGCAGGCAUGUUUGGACCUUAGUCCAUUUAUUGGUAAUGUACAAACACAAAAUUUAUCAUUCAAUCUUUGUUCAGCACCUGUUAUGUUUCAUAUUGAACAUGAUCCAUCAAUAUUAAUUGAAAUAAACAAAGGAUUAAAAUCAAUUGAUAAUGUUGAUUAUGAAAAGAUACAUGACAUAAUUAUUGAUGGUCCUGGUAUUGAACUUACAAAACAAUUACAAAGAGAUCAUGCAGAAAAAGCUUUGGAGGUAUUGAGUGUAUUUGAUGACAAUGAUGCUAGACAAGCAUUGACAAAUAUUAUUAUUGCAAUGGGAGAUUUCUGACGUUAAUAUUUAUUUACGUGAGUAGAAUAAUUAAUGAACGAGUUUCAUAUCAUCAUUCAGUUCAACAUUUCAAAGUGUACUUAUUGUUGAUUUUAUAUUUAACAUAUAUAUUUGUUUGUUAUUAUUAAAUUUAUAUUAUUAUUGUUGGGAAUUUUUUAGUAGGUUGUUAACUCAAUAUAUUUUCAUUUCGAUUAACUUUUAAACAAGUGCUCAAUUUUUUUUUUUAAAUAAAAAACUAUUGUUAGUUUAUUUUUAAACUUACCAUUAGCAUUGUAAUUUUAUUUUUUUUUUUUUAAUAGGUCAAAAAUUCGGGGGCUGCGAGGUAUAACCAGUUAAAUUUUUUUUUAAAUUUUUUUCUUUUGAUUUUAUACACAAAUAAAAUUUAAUUAUCUGUUAAUUGGCAGCUAUAAUAAUUGACUAGUUAAAAAUUCUUUUCUUUUUUUUUAAAAUGACUUAUUUAAAAAUAAAUAUGUUUAAAAUUAAAUUUUUAUUUUUUUUAAAUUCACGAUAUUUUAUUGUCAUAUUUAUUUUAAAAAAUUAAUCAUCAUUGUUAAAUAAAACCAGUUAAUUUUAUAUAAAUAUAUAUUAUUUGUAUAUUAAUUUUUAUUUAACUGGUUUAUUUUUUUUCUUCACUUAAUCCACAAAUAUUUGUACAAAAUUUAAUUUUAUUAUUGACACUGGUUUGUCAAUUAUGAAAGAUUAAACUUUUGAUUAAAAAAAUUUAAUUAAACAAUAAUGUUAUUUGUAGAUAAAUUUAAAAAAAAAUAUAUAUAUUUGAUUAAUAAAUUUUAUACUGUUUGUAGAAAAUAAAAA